AGCCCACUAACGAUGAUUCUCAGCACAAUGCCUGUAUAUCUUCAUGAUUAUCUCUAUUAUGAAUUAAGAGAGUAAUAACGAUACCUUCCCUGCAAUCUAAUGAUAAUAAAACGUUAAUUCAGUACGCGACCCGGUGAUAAACAGCGAGAAAGUCAGCUGACAUGGGGGUGUAGUAGAGUCUAAGGUGUAAGUUGCGUAGUGCUGUCGUUCCUGCGCCCGAUGAGUCACAUGACAGUAUGUGUGUUCGUGAAGAGGGCUCAGAUCACAGUUCAGUAAGUCCAGGAAGAAUUAGCGUCGUAAACCCCCUGAAGGCAUCAUGGCAGCCACGUCGUCCUCUGCCUCAGCCUCAGCAGGAGCUUCCAUGCGAAUGUUGGCUCUGCACUUGUGUUUCUUAUUAAUUGGAACAGCUGCCGAGACACCUGCCAUUGAAGUCAUCCAGGUGGAGGUCUAUGAUGGGAAUUUCACCUCUGUCUGCAAAUUCACUUCGCAAGACGUUGUCCUCUCGGACCAUGAGAGCACCAAUAUAACUCUCGUGGUGACAGGGGAAGCAGAGGAAAACACGACGUUGAUCUUCGUACAGGAAAAAGAUGUGAUACAGCCCUUGCCUAACAUUACCCUUCCGGUUGGAGCCUUGAACGAGACAUUUACUCUCAACUUAAUGGCAGAAAAUGCAGGCCACAGUGUCAUAGUCACAAAAGCUCUGCCUGGCAACAUGACUGAUGUGUCUAAGGCCUUCAUGCGAAUAUCAGUGUCCCACUCAGAUGCCCUCGAUUAUGCAAGUGAUGUGGUCGGCUGGAUGUACUUUGUGGCAUGGUCAGUGUCCUUUUACCCACAAACCUAUUCUAAUUGGAGGAGAAAAAGUGUUAUUGGCUUGCAUUUUGACUUUCUGUCCUUAAAUAUUGUGGGGUUCUUUGUGUACAGUCUCUUCAAUGUUUGUCUGUACUGGAUACCCUCCAUAGAAGCAGACUAUUUCAAGAGACAUCCUUAUGGUGUGAACCCCGUGCAGCUGAAUGAUGUCAUCUUCUCACUCCACGCUUUCCUCGCAUGUGGGAUUCAAGUCUUCCAGUGUUUUAUAUAUGACCGUGGAGACCAGCAAAUUUCCUUGACAGCCAGAUACAUCCUGACAGGAAUCACUCUCUCUUCAUUAGUUAUGACUAUUCUGGGAGCUGCAUCAGCUAUCCAGUGGCUUGACUUUCUGUAUUUCAUGUCAUAUGUCAAGCUCUUCAUCACCCUUAUCAAGUACAUUCCACAGGCCUACUACAACUACCGCAGGAAAAGCACUUCAGGCUGGAGCAUCGGCAAUAUCUUGCUAGACUUCACCGGUGGAUCACUUUCCAUAGCCCAGAUGUUCAUCCUGUCUUACAAUUAUAAUGACUGGGGAUCUAUAUUUGGGGAUCCAACCAAGUUUGGACUUGGGCUUUUUUCGAUCAUUUUUGAUAUAUUCUUCAUGGUUCAGCAUUACAUUCUGUAUCGAGGGAAUGAGGACUACCUGCGGGUGCUAGAGCCUGAGUCCCAGGGUCAGAGGAAUUCACUCACAGCUUCCAUAUCUUCGGCUGAUUAUGGUUCUACUGGAAAUCACUAGUAAGCUUUAAAAGGGAAAAGGGUGCUGUACAUUGUUCAAGACAUAGACCGUAUUUUUCUUACUUGAAAACAAGAUAGAAAGAAACCAAAUUUGUUGUUAUUAUGCUAAUUAUUGGUAUAAUUUUAGUUUCAAAGAAAACUAUUUUGUGUUAGAUUUCAUAACUUUGCUACACAUUAUUGUAACAUUUGAAAUAGGUAUUUUUGAGUUUGAUUUGAUUUUAUUCAUUUAUUAAUUUCUUUAAAUAUGAUUUGUAACAAGAAUUACUAGUCUCUCUAGAUGAGCAGAAUGAUAUUUUGAUGAUUGCAGGGAAAUAAACACAUACAUUGUAAUAUGUUCUUGUUGAUGUUUAGAGCUGGUUUGUUCUACUAUAAUUAAAUGCUUUAUUAGGCUUAACUCAUUGCAAGACUCCACUGCUAAAAUGUAGUGCAAAGUAGCAGUAACUUACAAUAGUAGAUUCAAAUUAUUCAACUAGAAUAAAGUAUUUUGUAUUACAAUAGCUUUACUGUAUUUGCCAUAAAAAUAUAUUAUCAUGCAAGUUAUCAUUACUGUGGCUAGUCUGUAUGAAGAUAGCUUAUUGUGGUUCAGAACCAGUCAGCCAGUGGUUUGAUGUUUUAUGUUACUUAAAUAUUUAUUUUGCCUUUAGACUGAGAAGUAAGUAAAUUAAUUAUAUUAGUAAAUAUAGAGAAACUGGAUUAUAUUAGUGAAUAUAAUGAAGAUGGAUUAUAUUAGUAAAUAUAAUGGAGAUACCUUGUAAGAAUUAGUCUAAUGGCAACUGAUUUUAUAUAGGCCUGAAUGAGUACUUAUGUUUCAAAGGUGAUCUUUUCAUAACUUUGAUGGACCUAUACGGUAAACACCUUUUUUCUCCCUUUUUCUUGUUUCUGGUUUCCAUUGUUUAUUUCUCACUCUUUCUUUUAUCUCCUCCUUUUCAUGUCUGCAUGCAUUUUAUGAAUUGUACCUUCAAAUUUAAUUGUCCAGAACAAUAACCCUUGCACUCAAAUCAAUUCAUUGACUGAAAAUUAGGAUAUUUUGGUCACAUUGUCAAAAAAACAAGAAAAACAAUAUUGUUAUUUACAUUUAUUUUGCACUGUUUUCCCAGGCACACAGACAUUACAUAAACUGAUUUUUUUUCAUUUUGUUAGUAGGAGGGGUAUUUUGAUAUUAAACAAGGUGAACAAAGAGACUAUUUUGAAUGGUUGUGAUGUAUGUGCUUAUACCUAUUUUUAAACGUGUGUUUUUGUGUAUGUACACAAAAUAUUUAUACUUCCUUAUAUAUACUUAUGUACACAAGCACACAGAGGCAUUAGAUAGAUAGAGAGGCAGACAGAUAGAUACCUAGAUAGAUAUAGAUAUAUAUAUUUUUUUCUUUAUGUAUACAUGUAUGUGUAUGUAUGUAUAUAUGCAUAUAUGUAUGUACACACACACACACACACACACACACACACACACACA